AUGCACAAUAUGAACGAGCUCCUGUUCGAGACUUAUAAUGUACGCAAGGUAUCCUAUUACGUUGACUCAGCUGCCUCAUACUUUUAUAACAGUCGGAAUUUUUUCGAUUGCGACUCAAAUUCUAUCCUUGUAUCUUUGGGCUAUCGAGCGUGCCACAUGAUAGCAAUGAAGCCAAAUCCAUUCUUAUUUAGCGGCCGUACUUCUGCAAUUAGACCCAUAUUCUCAGCUUCUCGUAGAUUGAAUUUAGGCGGCUUUCAUAUUACUUGUUUUCUUCAGCAGCUUCUUCAACUUAAGUAUGGAUGUCACUUGGAAAAUAUCACUCUUGGCUUAGCAGAGCAUCUUCUUCAUAAUUGCUGUCGGGUUGCCUCGAGUUACCAAGACGAAAUAAAUUUUAUGAGCAGCAGCUUUAAUUCUUCAAACCCACGUCACGUAUUAGUUCGUCUGCCAUUUGUUAAGUUUUAA